AUGCGGACUUUGGACGAAAGCAGGAAGCGAUGGGAAGAAACGCAAAAGGACGGCGGCGAUCUCCCCGCGCUGCAGCGGGCGGUUAAGUUCAAUGGACCCAGCAGCCCAUGUGAGGCCGGCUGCCGGUCGGUCUGCUGGAAGACUUUUUUGCUCUUUCGUGAUGAGGACUCGGCCACCGACCGCAGCCUCAUUCUGCGCGAGGCCCGUGAGGACUACGAGGCAAUGCGCGGGUCCUACAUGCGCUUCAUCAAGCACCCCGAGCGGCUGGCCGAGUUGACUGUCGAUCCGCUGGCGGACGACCCAGAGUCACCUUGGGAUACGUUUCGACGGGAUGAGCUUGUGCGGGCCGAGAUCCUCCAGGACGUUCAGCGCCUCCCUGACGAUCCAUUCUACCACCAGGAAGAGAUCCAGAUGCUCAUCUUGGACGUGUUAUUUGUGUACUGCAAAGAGAACCCAGGCGCUGGCGGCUACCGGCAGGGUAUGCAUGAGCUCUUGGCGCCGCUUGUCUACGUCCUCCACGAGGACGCCAUUGAGAGCAACAGCCUCGAAGAGGCGUCGGCAGCCGAGGAUGCCGACAUGAUUGAGAUGUUGGACGGCUGCUUUAUAGAGCAUGACGCCUAUGCCCUGUUUGUUAAGGUCAUGAGCCGGGCACGGGCGUUUUACGAGAUGAACAGUACUCAUAGUGCGGCUGGCAAACCUGGCACGCACGAGACAGGGACGACGGGCGACCCCUUCUCUCCUCUACCGACUUCUUCCACCAUCCUCGCCGACGGAGCUGAAGAGAGCGCCAUCGUCGAGCUCAGCAAAGAGAUUCAUGAAGGAACACUGAUGAAGGUCGAUCCGGAGCUGGCCAUCCAUCUCAAGAAUAUUGAGAUUCUGCCACAGAUUUUCUUGAUUCGGUGGAUCCGCCUUCUUUUUGGACGGGAAUUUCCCUUUAAGCAGCAUCUGAUUCUGUGGGACAGCAUAUUUGCUUUUGACCCCAAACUGCAUCUCGUCCCUCUUAUAUCUGUCGCCAUGUUGCUUCGCAUUCGCUGGAAGCUUCUCGAGGCGGACUAUUCAGUGGCCUUGCAGUCGCUGCUCAAAUACCCGGCACCCCAACCUCCGCAUGGCCCUCACACCUUUGUAGACGAUGCGGUCUAUCUGCGGGACCACCUCGACGCAGCCGGAGGUUCCAAUUUGAUUCUAAAGUACACGGGCCGUACACCUUCGCGCAUUUUCUCACCACUCGGCAGCUCCCCCGCCAGCUCAUCGCGACCGACGACACCAGCAGCCGCUUUUGCAGCAGGCCUGGGCAGUAUACGGAGCCGCACACUCAAGGUGGCACGAUCGCCAUUACGUGUGUCGCGACAUGGCUCGAACUCGGGCUCGGGAUCUGCUGAAGGACUGGGCUUGGCUGCCGGCGGUGAUGGGACAUCGCAAUCACCGUCGUCGUCGCGACUGUUCCAGGGCCGUGAAGGCAUGGAAGCCCUGUUCCAAGGCGCGGCAAAGGGUGUUUUGGAGCGUGGCGAGAAACUUGGAAUCAACCGUGCAGUCCGCGACGCCGUCGGUGAAAUUAAGCGCAACAUGGCCCAGAGCUAUCAAGACGCACGGCAAGCUGCGGCUACGAACCGUGUCCCGGGCGGAGAUGGAAAGGGCAUCGCAUCGCUGUUCUCUCCAACACCAGACGGCAAGCGUAUAUCCUAUGGCCAGGCCAUGCGCAUCAUGACGGAGCUGGAGCAACGAAACCAGCAGCUGGCCAAGAUGCUUGAUGAGACAGUGACAACUCUGAAGACCGUGGCACGGGCAGCGCCUCCAAAGCCGGCCGCUGGCGUACCGGGUGAAGAGAAGAGUGAGACAGACAAGGCGGUGGCAUGGGAGGAGCAGGAACAGCAGUGGCAAAAGUGGCUCGAAGAGGUGGAGCUGGCUGCCGCCAAAGUGCAAUUUGUCAAAGUUCACCUUGAGGACUCGACGCUCAGCCUGCCCGUGGACGAACCGCAAUCGAAUAGCCCGACGGAGGGUACGACGGAAGACACUACCACGUCAAUAUCUGAGAAAGAGUCGUCACCGGAGCACGGAGUCACGACCGCCUCGACAGAGUCUAAAUCACCAGCUGCCGACACGAGCGCUGCACCUCGAACGCCGCUGCUUCAGAGCAUGGCUCCAGAAAAUGACUGUGGACCUGUGACGCCAUUGGCCCAGACAGAGGUUCUGUCGGCAAACGACGAUGCUGAUUAUAUGGAUGUGGAUGUCGAAAAUAGCGGAUUGAAAGUCCCUGAAGCCGAGACGGCCCCAACACUGCCGACAAGACCCAAGUCUGAAGAUUUGGAGGUACCAACUUCGCAGCCAAUGCAGCAGUCACAACCAAAGCAACCAACGCCGCCGCCUGCGGACCGGCGGCAGCCGCACACGAUCCCGACUCGCUCAACAUUGGCCCAGUCCUCGUUUUCGUGGAUGUUGGAACCUGGUGACACCGCUAGUAGUCUUGCUAACAACAACGGCGGUGGCCACAACGACGAUGGGGCGCGUUCGUCUUCUCCACCCAAGAAACCGCCACGGCCUAAUGCGGCGAGCCGGACACGGCACGCCUUUUUGUUCGGCGAGGUGAUCAACCAGUCACCCCUAGGCAGUAGCGGUGACGAUGAUCCUCUUGCGGAUACAAAUAUGGACGGUUCGUCGGACGGUCGGCCUCGAACGGUGACCUCCGACGAGAUCUUUGGGCUUGAGCCGCUGCGUCGCGCAUUGCCAAAGAAGGAUGACGAGUAG